AUGAUAGGAUAUAAGCUGCAGUGGUCUUUGCUUCAGUCACCACAAAACACAGUAGGCAAAGACCACGUGUGUCGCUUUGUGGGAUGUGGCCGAAAUGAUCGUUUCAACUAUGUGGUGAUGGAACUCCAGGGGAGGAAUCUGGCAGAUUUGCGCAGAACCAUGACCCGUGGCACCUUCUCCGUCUCCACAACUUUGAGACUUGGCAAGCAGAUUUUAGAGGCCAUUGAAAGCAUCCACUCUGUAGGAUUCCUGCACCGAGACAUUAAACCUUCUAACUUUGCAAUGGGAAGACUAGCCAGUACCUGCAGAUGCUGCUAUAUGCUUGAUUUUGGCUUGGCCCGUCAGUUUACCAACUCCAACCAGGAAGUCCGUCCGCCUCGUCCUGUGGCAGGCUUCAGAGGAACUGUGCGAUAUGCUUCAAUCAAUGCUCAUAAGAAUAAGGAAAUGGGUCGUCAUGACGACCUGUGGUCCCUCUUCUACAUGCUGGUGGAAUUCAUGGUUGGUCAGCUUCCCUGGAGGAAAAUCAAAGACAAGGAACAAGUAGGAAAUCUAAAAGAGACAUAUGACCAUCGACUCAUGCUUAAGCACCUUCCCUCAGAGUUUAGUACUUUCCUGGAUCACAUCUUGACCUUGGACUACUUCACUAAGCCAGACUAUCAGCUCUUGAUGUCAGUGUUUGAGAACGCUAUGAAGAGCCACAGCACGCUGGAGAAUGACCCUUAUGACUGGGAGAAAUGUGACUCGGAGGAUAUGCUGACCAACACUGCCGCAACAACCACUGCUCAGCAGCUCACUCGCCUCACACCGGCGUACUUAGGCAUGGCCAAUGCUUCAGUGCUGCCAGGCGAGCUGCAGAGGGAGAACACUGAGGAUGUCCUGCAAGGGGAGCGCCUCAGCGAUGCUGACAACUGCCCCCCCAUCCCCACACCGACCACCACCCCUGCUGUAGAUGUAUGGUCAGAGAUGGACCGCAACCGAAACCAUAAACAUGUACAGCCGAUGAUCAGGAAGGUGGUGAGUGAGGAUGAACACAGUCAGAACCAGGGGAACCAGAGCCCCAACACCGGCUCCAUGCAGAGUUCUCCUAGACGGGUGCGAUCAGAGACCAUGUUCUUGGAGCGGGCUGCGCCACUGCUCCGGAGGAUGAGACACAGUCAGAGCUUGGCGUUUGAAAAGAGGCUUGCACCCGAACCCAAGCCCACCAUUGAACGCUUCCUUGAGGCCUACUUGGGCAAACAGCGCCCGGUCCUUUUUCAAGUUGGGGAGCAAUCCAUUCCUGAGAGGGAACAUGGGCAGCAUCCUGCCUACAAUGAGGAACAGUCUGGCACAGCAACCCCUGACCACGAAGAGGGCGCAGCAAGCAGUGGCUUUGUGGCUGUGAACCUCAGUCCCGUGCCCCAAGAGGGAGACUCUCAGGAGUGGGUGAUGCUGGAGCUAGAGCAAGGCAGCGGUUCUGGAGCUACCAAGCCUCAAGGUGAGGCCCUGCAUGAGGACAAGCCUGAGACGCACACACCCGCUGAGACUGAGAACCAGUCCUCUGAGCCACAGGAUGGCCAGCCCACAGUGGUGCCGAGCAGUCCUGUCCUGUCACAGAUGUCCAUGCCCGGCACUUGGUUACUGGGCCACAGGAGACUGCCGGGAAUGCUGGGACAAAUGCCCUCUGUCAUUAUGGGAAGACCCCAGAUGGACCAGUCCUCUAGCUGUGCGCUACAUUCCCCUGUACAGGAGAGGAGUGAAGCAAUACCACUAGAAGCACCAUCUGCUAAAUCUGAAAAACUCCCUGAGGAAACCUUCAAAGAUGGAGGGAGGUUGGAGUUAGCUCCAGUGCCAAGUUCAGCCAAAGGCCCCAAUGCUCACCUGACAAACGACAGAGACCCUGAGAGUGAUUCUGGUCUGCCGGAUCGCUCCUCCGAACCGAAUCAGCAGCCUCAAGCUGACGCAGCAGGAGGCGCUGUGGAGAGUACCGUCACCGUCUCGUCCUCUCCCCCGCCAGCGCUGCUCAGGAGAAGAGAUUCUCCCUCGUCCCCGAGAUUGAGUCGAAUCCCAGUACGAGACCCCAGCAACCCCCUGGACUCUCCGAGCCGGGACUUCAACAUGGAGAGGCGCCAUCGCUGGAGCAGUCCAGUCCCCGGCUCCCCCACCCACUCACCCUCUCCAUCUCUGUCCUGUGACAACCUUCCUUGCGCUUUGCCAAGAGACAGGCUCUUCUCAGAGCGAGGCUCCAGGUCCGAUUGUGUAGGAGAAGACCCUCUCUCUCUGUCCUCCUCAUCAGGUAGUAAAAGUAAGAUUCCACGUCCUGUGAGCGCCGCCUUUAUGCCUGAGCAACUCACCAGCAGGUUUCUGCCACGACCACCUCCUGGGAAACCACCCAUCCGCCCGUGUGUGGACAACAGACGACGGCGGUUAAGAGUGCGUGCCAGCAGCACUAGUGACGCAGAUUUUCUAGCCAGUCUGACUCAGCUGAUGCAAGACCGAAGCGGGAUGCUCUUCAGCCCUCCUCCACGCCCUCGCAGCUCCUCCUCCUCCCUUCAGCGCUCGCUAAGCUCCUCCCCCUCACGCCAGGAGCUCCGGGAGGGCGGGGCACUGCAGGGACGCAGCCGCUCUCCAUCUAGCUUCUCCAGCUCCCCUCCCCCUCGGCAUCCUCACCCACAUGACCGGUUCGGAGGGCAGGGUCAGUGGGGCCACAGCUCCAGGGGAAGGGGUCUCAUCCACGAGAGUAAAGGCUCCGGCAAAGUGAGUCGAUGACUGUAUUUGACACACAAGUGACUGAUCCGGAUAGUGCAACUGUAGCGAGAGGCUGUUUCACAUCCAGUCGUCGAUAGCAUGUGUAAAUACGGUAUUUACUCAAGGGAAUGUACUGUAUGUAAUGUAAAAUGUAUAAAUUGUAUUUAUUUAUUUAUUCAUUUGUUGGAUGUGUCUCUCAAAAUACUUGACAAUGUGGCUUGAUACCUGCAGUUGAAACAAAAAGGUUGAGAAAACCUUAAGAUUGCCAACUCUUACCUCUCAUUUUAACUCUUCUCUUAACUCUCCAUAUUGGCCUAAGAUGAGACCAAAAAGAUAAUGUUUAAUAACCGAAGGAUGUAAAAAAGAUGCUAAUUGUAGAUAUGUACCAUGAGGACAUAAUAAACACUAAUAGGAACCAUGUAAUCGCAUUAAGAACACUAAAAGUAAAUAACACCUCACGUAGUAUACCAACAUCGGCAUUCAUGUACAGAACCAGGGCAUGCAGCCCCAUGUUGACCUCACUCCUGUAAAACAGCUAGAUUAAUUAUUGUAUUUGACAAUGAAUUGUUCAUUUGGCAUAUCACGGUGUAGUAGUGUGCUUUUACUUUGCUAGAAAAUAUUUGUCAUGCAAAAGGCAUCUGCAUAUUAGAAUGUACAUGUAAGUGCACUCAUACCUAAGUAUUGUAAAAGUGCAUGAGUAUCAUUGCAAAUUAUUAUUUUUUUUAUUAAUUUGUAUAAUCCGCUAAGACAUCUGUAUUUUUGUUGAACUGCUUCUGAUUAAUAUACAUUAUAAUGUAGACCAGCAAUGACGUGCAAUUUUAUUUCUUACAUCAAGUAGAUGAUAAAGUAAAAAACUUAUACAAAUGGAAGCUGUUUAUCAUGUCUGAUUGUUGCAUUUUAUUUUUUAUCACAAUUUAAAAUACAUAUUAAAAUAAGUAAAUUCAAUAAAUGCCAGAUCUCAAAAAUGUUACUUCCUGGCUACACCUGCUACAGUUUUUGUUGGGAUUAAAGGGUCAGUUCGCCUAAAUUUA